AUGGGUCGUGGCUACGGAUACGAUAUGAGUUACGACCGCCUCGGUGCUAUCGCCGGCCACCGUCUCGCCCAGGAGCAAGCAGUGGUCAGGGAGAAAGCGGCCAUCCUUGCCGUCCUGGAUGCCAAGGCCAAGGCGGACUUAGUCAAGAAGCGUGAAGCUGCUCGCAAGAAGGCAGCUGAGCGUCGGGGCCACGAGCGCGAGAAGAAGGCAAGGGCCAAGGCGAAGAAGGACCUAGAGCAAGCUAGUGCUAAGCUUCAACGCGUCCACAACGAAGAGCUCAUGGCGCAGCGCUUCAAGACUGAGGACGAGGACUCUUCUAUGCUCCCGUUCAUCAAGGAAGAGGAAGAGGACAACAUGGACUUCAACUUCCAGGACGACAACGCUGACAGUGAUGUCAUGGCCGUUGACCGCACGGGAAUUGAGGCACCACCAAACUCGUACGUUGAAGAGAGCGCCUUCGAGAGCGCCGCCUUCGUCAAUGCUAUGGGGUCCACGAUCAUCCGCCGCAACAGCGCCAUUGCCACCUCUGGUACCACCGAUGACCACGCUUCCGUCAACAGCAGCGUUGGCAACAGCACUCUCAGCACCUCUGCGACUGUCAGCGCCUAUGCCUAUGCCAAUAUCAGCGCCGGCACUAACGGCUUCGGUGGUACUGGUCAUCGGGCCAACGGCUACUAUGACAACAGUGCAUUCGACGAGGCGUUCUACUUCAACGAAGGCCCUGGCAGCAAGUACGCCAACGGCCGUGAGGUUGCUAUGGGCUCCUACUAUUGA